AUGUCUUUAGGAGAUGAUCUUGAUGAUGGCUUAGACUAUGAAGUUGAAGCAAGCGAUUUGGAAGAUGCUGUAGAGGUUGAUAACGAGAUAGAAUCGAAGCCUUUGAAAAGAAGCCGAACAAACAGCGAACAAGAAGAAGAGGAGCGUCCUGCUGAAAAAACACAGAGCAAACGUCAAAAAAAACUAGCCAAGUCGAAACUGCAUUUGAAAAAAGUUGAAAAAGUGGAACACGAAAGGGAACAGAAAAAGCUGCUUCCGAAAUCCAAUGCAGAGCGUAUCGUGGAGCAUCUAGCAACUUUGAUCCGUGAAAGAAACCCAGAUCUCAGCGCCUUAGAGCUUGAGGAGCAGUACUUCAAAAAGACGGAUUUCAUUUCCACCGAGAAAUAUCAAAAAGACAGAACAUUGCAUAAUUUCCAAGAUUUUGUCAAUACGUUCUCAAAGUCACCCAGAGCUGUCGUUCUAUCAGCGUCGAAUAUCAGAGUGGCAGACGUAUUCAGAAGUCUGGGCGGCUCCCAAAAUGCGGUGAAGCUAUUCUCAAAGACGAAGCUAAAGGAUGAUGUUGCCAGGGUUGAUUUCUUGUUGAAAGAACCCAGCAAAGAAGAUAAUUCUGGGAAGAAAAAGUCUAAGGACAAGAAAAAGCAAAGCAAAGUCAAGUACUUCGUUUCUACUCCUGGUAGAAUGUCCAAAAUCUUAGACUCGACUGAUGCGCUGUUCGAUGGCAAAGAUAAAUUAGACAUCUUCUUGGACGCUAGUUAUCUGGAUCCCAAGUCUAAUACUCUAUUCACAAGCGAAGAUUGUACGGCUCUUUUCAAAGUUUUGAAAGACUUUUUGCAGAAGAAAAGUUCCGUUAAGAUCCUUUUAUUUUGA